UUGGUCCUCUAUAAAUACAUUCAAUAAAGUUUAUUACGAAAAAAAGAAGAAUAUCUAGAUCUCAUUAAUUAAUUUCUUCCAGCAUAUGGGAAGUUUUUUAUGAGACACAAGUGAAGAAAAAAAUCUAGGAAUCACACAGAAAUUCAUACGCUACAUAAUACCGACUUCCGGAGUAAGAAAGACCCAGGCGACUCGGGGCGCCGGACAAAAAACCGGCGUCUUUCUUCUCUAUACAAUCAUCCUUCUACGGCCAAAACCUCGUCAGCUUCAAAUGCCUCCAAAGAGUGAGCCGUGCCGGAAUUUCAUCCGUGGAAGCUGUCGUUAUGGUGAUCGUUGCAAAUUUCUUCAUGCUUCCCAACAACAGUCCAAACCAAAUGUGUUUGGAUUCGGGAGCCAAAAUAGCGCACAAUAUCAAAGGUCGAAUUUUCAGCAGCAGCAGAGUCCCAAUCCUUUUGGGUUUGGUGUUCAGAGUAACUAUCAGUCAAGAGAAGUUGGUAUUGGAUUGAAAUCAAAUCAGAACAAGCCAUUUGAAAAUAAGUGGACACGUUCAUCUGCCAAUGCUAGUACCCCCCCUACACGUCAACAGGACAGUCAGCAGACAGCACCUAAUCAUAUAUGCACAGAUCAAGAGUCUUGCAAACGUCAAAUCAUUGAAGAUUUUCAAAAUGAGAAGCCUCUUUGGAUCCUUACCAGCUAUGGUCACCUAAAAAGUGGUCCCUGUGAUGUUGCGGGUGAUAUUAGCUACGAAGAACUACGGUUAGCAGCAUAUGAAGAUGCUAGACGUGGUGCGAACUUGCAAUCAAUUGUUGAAAGGGAGAGAGGUCUAAUUAGAUCCAAGCUAGCUGAAUUAGAGUGCUUAGUGCGUAAUAAUAGUCCAGCUCCGUCAAAUUCAAUGUUUGGCUCUCAGAGUUCUUUAUUUGGGCCUAGUCAAAAUGCUCCAACAAGUGCUCAUAGUCCUCCAUCUGCCUCAAGUUUUGGUCAGCUAGGUGCAUUAAGUCCUCCAUCUGCCUCAAGUUUUAGUCAGCUAGGUGCAAUGAGUCCUCCAUCUGCCUCAAGCUUUGGUCAGCUAGGUGCAUUAUUAAACUCAGGGCAAUCAGUUCCUCCAAAUAACACUCUGCAGCAGUCAAAUCCCUUCCCUCAGAUGUCUUUCGGAAAUGCAGGCGCAUUUGGAAGUCAGUUUGGUGCUCCGUCAGUUCGUAGCCCCUUCACCUCCAGUUCUGCAACCUUAAACAAUGGCCUAACUAGUGAGCAAUCGCUUGGCAAUGCUGGAUUAGUUAAAUGUUUGACCUAGUUGCAUAGAUGAGGGACUGAGACUUUGAGAGGACAUUUGGGAGGAUUUGAUUGUAUGUUAAGAGAAGUACACUGUAAAGAACAGGAACCCGAAGGUACCUGUACCUGCUGAUCUAAAAGAUAGCAUUUGGGGUAAGGAAUGGAAGAUUGGAGAGAUCCCAGAAGAAGCCCCCCCAGAUGAAUACGUCUUCUAGUGUUGCUUAUAUCAUGUGCCCAUCCAUAAACUGCUUCUCAUUCACAUGUCUCCAUAGAAAGAACAGGCUGGUUUACGAGAUUAUUCAUGGGAAUUAUGGCUGCUGAGCACGUGUUUUGGAGCAUGUAUUUUUCUUUCUUUCUUUGUACGAUAGUAUGUACUAUGUAGGAUCGCUUUUUUAUUUCAUUUCUCACAUUAAAAGCGUUUCGACAAGAAUGCUAGAACAGUUUCUUGGACGUAAGUUUUGGACUUUUGGUUUAGAAAAUUUAUUAGAAUUAUUAGCUUAACAACCGUCAUCACACUCGAACAUAUUCUAUUCAUUAUAUUUUAAUUUUAUCAUAAAAGAUUCAAAGUUUCAUUUUCU